UUUACUUCUCCUACAGGAACUGUGUCCUUUUCUGACGACAACCAGGUUACCAUGUCUUUCCACUCCGAUAAUGAAACUCGUGGCCUUGGUUACAUGGUUACAGUUGUCCAGCAGGACUGCCCGCUUCCUACAUGCGACGCUACAUUCAAAGAUGAGGAUUUUGUUAUGUCUUCUCCGAACUAUCCGCUGCCAUACGAUAAUGGACGUACCUGCACAUACACCAUUCAUAAGUCACACCCAUCCGUCUGCAGGCUGCUGAUGAAAGUAAAAAGCUUCGAUGUGGAGGAAGAUCCACACUGCCAGUCGGACUUCUUACUUGUCAACAACGAUCGACUUUGCGGUGUCAUGUCAAAAGGGCAAAUAUUGGAUAUCAGUUUUCUGAAUGCCACUAUGACAAUGGAAUUCCAGAGCGAUCAUGUAACCACGAGGGAUGGAUUUCAAUUCAACGUCCAUCAAGAAAUGUGUGAUAUGACUUCUGAUGCUCCAGAAUUCACAACUGAUACCAAAACCAGUGUCACCGAAACUAUCCUUGACGCAAACGUCAGCGCCACUACACUCAUCAGUGAUUGAUUUUUUGCUUUUUGCGCACUGCAUCUUCUACGGUUCCCGAUUCCUCAGCAAUCCACGAAGAUUGCUACAUUUUUCAAGCACGCUAAUGCCAGACCUUUCCUACCGAACCUCGUCCUUUACGGAAGCGGAAGAUGGCAAGAAAACUCAAUAUUGCCAUGCUAUGGAAGCUGGAUAGUAGCUGUCUGGAGUUGUGUAUCAAUUUUAACUUGAUUGAAACAAAAAAAGUAUGUUGAAAACAACCCACCACACAUGCAAACCAGUGUAUUAUAUGAAAAAUACCAUUUUGAAAUAUCCAGUCAUAUUCUUGCGGUAUAUGUUUCGAAUUUAAAUGUUUCAUUUGGUGAGUGUUUGACACGUUUAACAGUUUGUCAUUGCAAACUUCGCCAUAGUUCUUUUUGAAUUUUAACUAAAAUAUAUCAAUCAAUUAAUACGUUUCUUUCUCUCUACCUAUAUGCAUUGCGUGUAUUGUCAAACAUGAUCUGAGAGUUGGCUUUUAAUAUUCAAACUAUAUUUUCUUUUUGAAGUUAUGAGACUUAAAUCUUUAACUGGUAUGUUGUGUCACAUGGUUUGAUAACAUUGUUUUUGAAACUUGACAGGUCCCGAUGAAAAUAAGAUUGAAAGUUGGGAAAGAACAAAAUUUUCAAGCCAGUAUCGUAAAACAAAAAGCAUUUUUUUAAAAUUAGCUUAUUUCUUUCAUUUUCUGUAUUUCUAAAAUCUUAAUGAAAAUAACUAAUAUAGCAUUCUAAAAUUAUUAGUGACAAAUGACAGAUAAAAUUAGAUAUCAUGCUUCUUUUUAUGAAAUAUAAUUCAGUAUUUUAAAUUAUUUGUGCAUGUAGAAUAAUCUAGAACAAAAUGGAGUUCGAUUAUUUUGCCAUGCAUCAGAAGUUACCAGAACUUUAGAAGAAUGUGAGACAAUGAAAGAAAAUUUCGGAAGACAAAUUUCUCUCUUAAUAUUGCAUUGCCUGUUUCACUUUUAUUUUCAGUCGUUGUAUGCAUAGAAAGAAAAGAAAGUAAAACGUCAUCCGGAUGGCGUUUAUAUCUUUUUCGAGCAUUUCACUUCAUUUCGUUAAAAGUUUAGGAUAAAGAUUCUUAAUUGUUACUAGUAAUUCUGACUGCUAUCUAAAGUUUUAUAAUAAUUGUUUUUUAAUUGGUUAGAAGCUAAGCGAAAUUUGUCACCAUUUGAAUGAUUCAAUGAAAUUUCGUUUUGCAUGUUCUUAGAAGCAUUUUAUAAUACUAAGACUAAGUAACUGCCAGAAAAUGUGAUUUUAUUCAACUGAAUAAAGCAAUUAAGAUAUCUUUAAAAAAUACUUCUUAGAAGUAACAUUCAUACAUUCAAUUCACUUAAAUUCCAGAUAGAAUUCUAAAACUCAAUUCUUUAAACUCAAAAGUUGUCUCUUCACUGAAAUAUGAAAAAGGCUGUGAGAUCGUCUGCUCUGAAUUUUGAUGUUUUCAUAUGUUCUUGAAAAUGAUAAGAUACAGUUGAAAUACAAUUUCAGUUUCAUAAACUAAAAUCUAUAAUGAAGAUUUCUGAAAUAUGAUCUAAGAAUUGAAAUCAUUACUAUUCAGUGACAUCACUCGAUAAAAGAAAUUCUAGAGAACUUUUAAUAUCAUAACAUAUAUUAAAACUAUUCGGAAACAAUAAGAAGCAUGAAAGAUACGUGUAUUAUAACAAAAAUUUAAUCAUUGUGCCAAACCCAUUUCACAGGCUUCUUUCUUUCAUAGCACUUCGUGAACAUUCAUUUUGAAAAAAGAAUAGAAAAAAUUCGUAAAAGAUAAUCAAAAACGAAUAACUGUAAUAAAUAAAUAAUAAGUGAACUAUGAAAUUUACAAGUUAUUUUAUUCAGUUGUGAAAACAGAUAAAAUGUUUCUACGGUAAAUGUACUUAUGUUAAGUUUGGCAAAGUUUAUGUGAUUAAAACUUCAUUUGAACUCCAUCUCAAAUGUUGACGUUUAUUAUUUCUGGAGCUAUGCCAGUUUCCUCAAAAUAUAGAGUAUUUGUCUAUAAGUGUCUAUUAAAUAUUUGAAUUUUAAUCACGAUUGUAGGUCAUUUGUUAUUGUUUUCAAGCUUUAAAAUUUAUGUGUACUAUUGAGAAGAAUAACUAUAUUUAAUUAAAUUUGUUAAACACCGUGUUUUAAAAUUUUCUUUAAAAAAUGCUUAUUACAUGCUCACAAAAAAUUAUAAUUUUCUCGUUAUUUUAACAGCAUUAUUUUGUUACGGGGGGUAUACAAUGAUUUUACUGAUUUUAAAAGAAACGACAACUACUUCUAAAAUUUUAAGUCUGUGCGCGAUUAUGUUAAUAAUUUCUGUUUCAAAUUAGUUUUCAGUACGCAUUAUACGCAUUAUUAUGAAAGAAGUUACAUAAUAGGGGAAAGAUAAGUAGGGAAUCUUAUGUUAAUCAAUCAGUUAUUCAUGAUCAAUCAGUUCAUCAUUUUAAAUGAUUUGUGAAUGUAUAAUCUAGAACAAAAUGGAGUAUAGCCUUUACUACAACUUCUCAUUACCGUAUUCCUCACCAGAAUGCAAAUUUAUAGUAAGCUGAGGUUUUUUUGGAUUUGAGAUAGAAAGUGUUUCCUGCAUCGCGUGCGCCCUAUGUGGUUAGGUUGUUGCAAUUAUUCGCUUUGCCGUAUCUCGUUGCCGACGAGCCGGUGAAAUUAUAAUCCAACUACUAGUGUAGUAUUUAUUUGUGUAGUCUUGAUUAUUCUUCAGUGUUUAAUUUAAUUUGAGCUGUUCAGUGUCCGUGCGGCAGGGGGGCACUCAAAAUACAGGGCAAACCGAAAGACCUUUCGAGAGGUUGCUGGUAGGGGAAGAGGGGUAAGGAGACCUUCGGACUGCCCUAGGGGUGUUCUUUCUAAAAAGUGAGGCCGAAACUGGGCAGUUAGCUAAGUUCAACAGUACCUCAAUUAAUUGUAGUACGUGAUGGCCUAGCUUCUAGCCUGUAGCUAGUCUGUUUAUUGUGGUGUGCUAGUGGUUAUUGCAGCACAAGAGCGUGCCUACACUAAUAUUCCUAGUUCUGUGUAAAUAAAAAGGUUAUUUUAAACUU